AGCGCGGGCGGCGGCCGCGGCGGGUCCGGCAGUUUGCCUGUUCAUCCUUGGGCUGCAGCCCUAAGAGCAUGCUGGGCCACAUGCCGCACGAACCUGUCGUCUUUCUAGCUUAGGCUGUCUUAUGAUGACGCCUUUGCUAUGGCUAACGACCCCUUGGAAGGCUUCCAUGAGGUGAACCUUGCUUCGCCCACUUCUCCGGACCUGCUUGGUGUGUGUGACCCAGGAGCCCAAGACCAGACUACCUCCCCGAGCGUCAUCUACCGACCACACCCUUCAGCGUUCUGCGCUGCGCCUGUCCAGGCCAACGCCUUAAAUCUUUCUGAUCUUCCUACACAACCUGUGUACUCAUCCCCGAGGCAUCUGAACUGUGCAGAAACAUCUCAUAUCAGCGUUCACGUUCCAGACCCAGCAUCAUCGGUAGCCUCUGCGGUGGCAGCAGGGCUUACGAAGUUCACCUCAAGGAAGGACAGCUGUAAUGCAGAGAGGGAGUUUCUACAGGGCGCCACCGUCACCGAGGCCUCUGCUGGCAAUGAUGACAUCUUUGGGUUGAGCACGGAUAGCCUGUCCCGUUUACGAAGCCCAUCUGUUCUGGAAGUUAGAGAGAAGGGCUAUGAAAGGUUGAAAGAAGAACUUGCAAAAGCCCAGAGGGAAUUGAAGUUAAAAGAUGAAGAAUGUGAGAGGCUGUCCAAAGUGCGAGACCAACUGGGGCAGGAGUUGGAAGAGCUCACAGCUAGCUUAUUUGAGGAAGCUCACAAGAUGGUGAGAGAGGCGAACGUCAAGCAGGCCACUGCAGAAAAGCAGCUGAAGGAAGCCCAAGGGAAAAUCGAUGUGCUUCAAGCUGAAGUGGCCGCCUUGAAGACGCUCGUACUGUCCAGUUCUCCAACAUCACCUACGCAGGAACCUCUGGCGGCUGCAAAGACCCCUUUUAAAAGGGGACACACACGGAACAAAAGUACAAGCAGCGCCAUGGGUGGGAGCCACCAGGACUUCAGUGUGAUCCAGCCAAUCGUAAAAGACUGCAAAGAGGCCGAUUUAUCUCUGUAUAAUGAGUUCAGAUCUUGGAAGGAUGAGCCCACGAUGGACAGAACAUGUCCUUUCUUGGACAAAAUCUAUCAGGAGGAUAUCUUUCCAUGUUUAACAUUCGCAAAAAGUGAGUUGGCUUCGGCUGUUUUGGAGGCUGUGGAGAACAACACUCUAAGCAUUGAGCCAGUGGGGUUGCAGCCCAUCCGCUUUGUGAAGGCGUCCGCCGUCGAGUGUGGAGGGCCAAAAAAAUGUGCUCUCACUGGCCAGAGUAAGUCCUGUAAGCACCGGAUUAAACUAGGGGACUCCAGCAGCUAUUACUAUAUUUCUCCUUUUUGCAGAUACAGGAUCACUUCUGUAUGUAACUUUUUCACAUACAUUCGAUACAUUCAGCAGGGACUUGUGAAACAGCAGGAUGUCGAUCAGAUGUUUUGGGAAGUUAUGCAGUUGAGAAAGGAGAUGUCGUUGGCAAAGCUGGGCUAUUUCAAAGACGAACUCUGAAGCCCUGUGUGCAGGGCCAUGCGUGCGCCUCCCUGGACCACUGAAGGAUGACUGAACAUUUUUAUGGUUACUCUAUAUUUAUUUCUAAGGAGAGGGCCACCGACGUCCCUCCUCUUGCACUACACUGAGAAGAGCUGUGGCUUCUUUUAAACUGACUAAGCUGUACUUUCUCAUCCCUUAAUGGAGCACACUAUGAAGAAUCACAGGCGUGCUAGUGACGGUAAUUCAACACUGCAAAUCAAAACCACCAAAUAAAUACCAAACGGAA